AUUCUCCUGUACGAGUAGACGAAGGAAGUGUUUUAUUAAUAGAUUUUUGAGUGAAUUACAGGGCAAUUUGAUGUUUUAAAUUAGACGACGUGUGAAUACAUAAAUAUCCGGAUCGUGAUGUCAGAUUGCACAAGACUGCCACCGCUCAACAGAUACUUGAACAUGACGAGGGUUCAGGAUAUCUAAAAACUCGACAGAUUCCAAGACCAUCGAAGGACGAAUUUUACAGUCUCAACUCUGUAUGGAUCAACGCUUGUGGAUUUUACCACGUUUACCAGUACUGACUUCCCAGGUGGGCCCAAGACGAGUAUUGCAAACCUAUUCGCCGAGCAGACGACAUUCUCUGACAGUGUUUUCAUUACCGAUGUGGCAAUGGCAACUCUUACAGUCUACCUCCGCAAAUCAGGAGACAGUGUUAUUCCUCAAGGAAGGGAUCCAGGACAUCAAGACAGUCAGGGCAGUAAGCAUGUUCCUAGAUCGUUGAGCGACUCGAAACAGUUCCACGCCUACUUCUGUCAGGAUAAUCUCGAUUCCAUUUGGACGAGAAAGCUCAUUGAUGAAUUGGAAGGGAGUCAUGGCUUUAAAUGUGCCGAGUACCACAGGGACUUGGUGGUAGGAGAAAGGGUUCUAGAUUUAAUGACUAUGUUCAUUUUCACAUCGGAUAGAAUCGUCUUUAUUCUAUCUGAGAAUUUUCUUAAGUCGAAUUAUGCCAUGUAUCAACUUCAGCUGGCCGUGCAGUAUGACAUUGACCACGACACAAACAACAUAGUGGCACUCCACGUGGACGAGUGUAGAGUGCCGUCAGAGCUGUUGACAUUUCAGAUCAUUGACACAAAGUCUGACGGGUGGAAGGACAUAUUUAUGGACUAUUUGAAGAAACCGGCACCGAUGAUGCCAGCCAAAAUAUGCACUAAUGGAUCACAUGUCAGUGUUACAGACUUAUGCAAAACUAAUAGGUCAGUGAUGUCAGAACCACCAACGCUGAGAGCAACUCUCCGUAUCCCUGACAACAUCAGACGUAGGAUCAAGAUCUGGCACAGAUGCCAGGCCCUGGACGACACCCAGCUGCGGAAAGCAACAACCCAAAGUAGCAGCCCUGUCAGCCUGACCACUGAGAGCAGUACCGACCUAGACGAUCAACAGAUGGAGGAUGCUGUGUUAGUAGGAGCUGAGGAUACCGUGAAUGUACAGUAUUCCUUGAAGCGGGUGACCAAACCACAGGCUACAUUGCUGCAUGCCCUCAACAUACGCGUGAAGGGGGGAUUCGUGUACGAGGCGAGAGAGUCACGGCUGACUGACAAUGAGGAUGAACUUAACGUUGAAGAAGGAGACGUGUUGGAAAUGUUACACGAUGAACCCACUCAUGGUAAUAUGUACAAGUGUAAAAAUGCUCAUGGACAUGUUGGUUUUGUGCCUAAUUCGCUGAUGUCGCCAUCUUUCUAUUUGCUCCCCUCUCAAAUUGUAAAACAGUUCAAACAAACAAUAUCAAAUUCUGAAAAUGAAAUGUUCAGAAAGGAACUUGAACGACUUGGAAUUUCCUACUUCGUUGCCACCGGGGAAAAUCGGGGGGAUGCUGUGUACUUAUCUGUCAAAAGGAAGGAUGUUUUGUUACAAGUAGCAACAAGAAACGCAGGUCGAGCUGUUUUCAAAAACUGUAGAAAUGAAAUGGGUUACCUACCCAUUUCGCUCACUGAAUACGUAAAUGUCGAAAAACCCAACUUAGAGUUAGGAAUCUCGGCUCUGUUCAACAUGGGAAGGGAGAGUUUUGAAUCAGAGGCGUAACACAAGAGGGACAGCAUAACGAAUAGCUGUGCCUCGUGCCCAUCUGUGUUACGAUGGAGUAGAGCUCUGCUCCUGGUCAAUCUAUUACGAUGGGACAUAGUUGUGCCUAAUUCUCAUAGUGGUACCAUGGUUCAUAGCUGUCUUCUGCUCAGUGGUGUUACUAUGGCACGUGUCUGUUCCUCGUGCUCAGUAGUGUUUUCGUGGCACAGUUUGUUGCACUUAUGAUAUUUGUGCAGCUCUGACAAAAGCUUUUUUCCUGAUUGAAAAUACACCGACUGUCAAAUCUGAUGAUGAGAAUGGCAGUGACAACUCUCCCACCUAUAACAUCUGCAAAUUAGGAGAAGUGUUAUUCCUCAAGGACAUCAAUACUGUCAGCGCAAUAAUCAUGUUUCUAGAUCGCUAGACGACUCGAAAUGAUUCAUUGCUUACGUCAGUCAGGAUACUCUCGAUUGGAGAAUUGGAAGGGAGUCAUGGGUUUUAAUGUGCCGAGUACCACAGGGACUUGGUGGUAGUAGAGAGAGUGUUCUAGAUUUAAUGACUAUGUUCAUUGGAUUAACACGUAAAGAUGUCUUGUGCUUGUUCUAUCAGCGUGGGAGAAUACCGCCCGUAUCAUUACGCUCUCACUGCCAUAUCCAUCGAUCUCUCGAAUGCGGUUUGCGGAAAAACGUUCAUGGCGCCGUCGAUACACACUGGCCCUAAAGUCAGAUCUUCGAAAUCCUGGAGUUGUUGCUGUAUGGCUUAGCCAAGGUAGAUGAUGUAACUCUUUCGCAUAUUAUUUAUGUGUUAAUGUCUUUCAUCUUAUUUUUCGCAGGGGCAUAUUUUGACAGUGAUCAAUGAAGUCAUCCGUUUAUAAGAAAUUCG